CUGGCUAGCCUCACAGGUGACAGCGGUUGUGUUGAGCUCAAGGCUCCGCUGCUGUUUUGGUUCACGAAAAUGACAGCGAGGAAGUCUGGCUCACGACUGGAGACUGAGAUAGAGCGGUGUCGCUCGGAGGCUCAAUGGGACAAGAUACCGGAGUUAGUGCGACAGCUCUCGGCGAAGCUAAUAUCAAACGAUGACCUAGGGGAGCUGUUGCAGGGAGAAUGUAAGCUUCAGACGUACUUGAAGGAAAAUCCCAUUAAACAAGGGGCCAGCCCGAGGGGCCAGCGACCUAAACUGCUGGAGGUCAGGAAACACCUGACUGCUGCUCUGGACAGGGGAAACCUCAAGGCCGACUACCUGCAGGAAGCUAGCUUGCUGAUGGGCAAACUCUGCUAUGUGGAGGGAGAAUACAGAGACGCUUUAGGUCACUACAGCAGAGUGACCAUGGAAGAAAUGCAGCUGGUCGGAGCUCCUGUGUAUAGACUCUCUAUGAUAGCAGAGGCCUAUGCUACGAAAGGACUUUGUCUAGAGAAGGUCCCAGCUGCUUCUCCAUCUCUGUCCAACAAGAACACUGGCUCUCCAUCGUCCAACAGGAGCACAACCGACAGGGAGCAAGACAUCAUCACCUGCUAUGAAAAGUCUGGAGACAUUGCUCUUCUCUACCUGCAGGAGGCUGAGAAGGCGCUGUCAGCAGGGAUUCAGAACCGCAGCCCAAAGCCCGGGCCGACAGCUCAGGACCAGGAACUGGGCUACUUCCUGGAGACAGGCCUGCAGAGAGCCCACGUUAUCCACUUUAAGAACGGCAACCUUACUCACGGCGUGGGCCGCUUCCGAGAGAUUCUUCGCGCCGUUGAGACCAGAACCACUCAGAACCUGCGCAUGACCAUAGCUAGACAGCUUGCAGAGAUCCUGCUCAGAGGAAUGUGUGAACAGAGCUACUGGUCUCCUGUGGAAGACCCGCCUACAGUGUCGCCAUUGGACGAUCCCACACGGCAAGGACACACUCUCAGCAAGAAUUACAGCCUGAGCCGACGCCCACGAGUGUACUCGGGGGAGAACCUGUUUUGCCCUCAGGAGAACACAGAGGAAGCUUUGCUGCUGUUGCUCAUCAGCGAGUCCAUGGCUAACCGUGACGCUGUCCUGAGCAGAAUUCCUGAGCACAAUAACGAUCGAAUCAUCAGCCUACAGUCGGCCUCUGUGGUGUACGACCUGCUCACUAUAGCUCUGGGCAGGAGGGGGCAGUACGAGAUGCUAUCAGAGUGUUUGGAGAGAGCCAUGAAGUUUGCCUUUGAGGAGUUCCAUCUGUGGUACCAGCUCGCUUUGUCACUCAUGGCCGCUGGCAAGUCUGCUCGUGCUGUGAAGGUCCUGAAAGAGUGCAUUCGUUUGAAGCCCGACGACCCCACAAUCCCACUGCUGGCUGUCAAACUGUGCAUCGGACCUCUGCACUGGCUGGACGAGGGCGAGUGCUUUGCAAAGAUGGUGAUCGACAUGGGGGAGAAAGCAGCCGAGUUCCGAGCCAAAGGCUACUUGGCCAUUGGCCUGGUCUACAGCCUGAAAGCUACUGAUGCAUCUUUACGAAGCAUGCAGGAGGACUAUCAGAGGAAAGCUCUGGGAGCCUUCCAGAGAGCUCAGAGUCUGUCUCCCACUGACCACCUUGCAGCUUUCUACUUGGCCUUGCAGCUUGCUGUGUCCAGACAGAUCCCAGAGGCACUAGGAUAUGUCCGACAGGCGUUGCAGCUUCAAGGAGAUGACGUCCACUCCCUUCAUCUGCUGGCUCUGCUGCUCUCGGCUCAGAAACACUACCACGAUGGGCUCAAUAUUAUAGAGAUGGCUCUGUCCGAGUACCCGGAGAACUUCAAUCUGCUGUACACCAAGGUGAAACUGGAAUCCAUGUGCAGAGGACCAGAGGAAGCUCUGCUCACCUGUAAACACAUGCUGCAAAUAUGGAAGAGCUUUUACAACCUUACCAACCCCAGUGAUUCAGGGCGUGGCAGCAGUUUGUUGGACAGAGCCAUCGCAGACAGACGACAGAUCAACGCCAUGACUCUGCCGGACUUCAGUGACCCUGAGACCGUCUCAGCUUCUUCCUCUUCUCACUCUGGUUCUGAGGCCAUCUCCCCCACUUCUCCAUCCACCUUUUCCACCCUCUCCUCACCGCUGUCCUCCCCUUCCUCCCUUUCCUCCCUUUCCUCCCCCGUCUUCAUCUUCCAGCCUCCUCCCCUGUCACCCCUCAAAAGUCCGUCCCACCUCACUCCACCUCCUGUUACUCCUGCACCCAACAAGACCAGGACUCACUCGUUUUGCAACCACGUCACUCUUCGCCAGCUCUCCAACUGUUCGGUUCACGCCACUUCCAUAGCUGCCAGCCGUGUAGAGCAGGCUCUGUCUGAGGUGGCCUCAUCUCUGCAGAGCAGCGCUCCCAAACAUGGACCCCUCCACCCCUGGAUGACGCUGGCUCAGAUCUGGCUGCACGCAGCUGAAGUUUACAUCAGCAUGUCCAAACCCGCCGAGGCCACGGCCUGCACGCAGGAAGCCUCCAACCUCUUCCCGACAUCCCAUAAUGUGCUGUACAUGAGGGGGCAGAUAGCAGAGCUGAGGGGAAACAUAGACGAGGCAAAGCGCUGGUAUGAAGAGGCGCUGUCCAUCAACCCGACACACGUCAAGACCAUGCAGAGACUGGGUCUGAUUCUGCACCAGCUGCAGAGAUACAGUCUGUCUGAGAAGGUCCUGAGGGACGCUGUGCAGGUCAACAGUACGGCUCAUGAUGUGUGGAACAGUCUUGGCGAGGUGUUGCAGGCUCAGGGAAACGCCGCCGCGGCCACUGAGUGUUUCCUCACGGCCCUGGAGCUGGAGGCCAGCAGCCCCAUUCUGCCCUUCACCAUCAUCCCCAGAGCUUUAUGAGACGGACACACAGCAGCCUGGAUGUGACUCUCUCACACACACACACACACCGGCACUGCCCUAUCCUUACAAACACACACACACACACAAUAGACAUGCAAAUAUUAUAUAUAUAAACAUCCAUACAUGCUUCUCCCCACAUUGCCUUCCUGUGGCUGUGACGUUUGACUGUGUGUGUGUGUGUGUGUGCGUGUGUGCGUGUGUGUGCGCUGACUCAUCGUGUGCCUGUUAGCGUCUGUGCAUGCUCACCAUGUUUUCUCUGUACGCGUGCCAACAUGACGCCUGUGCGUAUUUGUUUGUCCGUUAUUUUUAAACUCACGGUUUUGUUUCUCCUCUCGUUCUCAGAUGUAAAUAAGAUGCAGUCUUUGAGUUACUUUGAGCCUCAGCGUUUACGUUCUUUAAAUGUCCCAGAACACGCACGCACACACAAUUAAAGACAUUUUUCCUCCACACAAUGUGGGUGUGAAGCUGAUGUAUCGAUGAUAAAAAUGGGCAAAUUGUGUACACACACACACACACACACACACUCAGCAUGCAGCUCCCCUUUUUAAGCUUAACCAAACUCGAACUUUAACCAUAACUAGUUAAUACCGAACCUAAACUAGUUCCUCAGAAAUGAGGUAACAAAUACAAGAACACAUGUUUUGAAUGGUUAGGGAAUGAUUUUGCUCAGGAGCGACAGAUUUUUAAAACUCGACUGGAACAUAGACAGACAUGAUCAACAGAUCGACGAAGAAUCAAUCUGCCAAAACAGAGGCUGCAUUUACACACACACACACACACACGAAAGGUCAGAUUGACUGGGAUUAAAACGCAUGUAAUUGUCAUGUGUACAGUUUCAUAACCAUUUGUGAAUGAUGUUACGGUGACACUGAGAUUAUAAAGCAAUACACAUCAACACUUUGUCACUUUUGUUGCCGAGCAGAAGACGAGCGUUACAUGAGAUGUUAGAGACGGAUGUGAAUAUAAAAGGAAAAGUCCAUCCGUUAAUGUGACUAUUUUGUAAUUAUAUUAAACGAUACAAAACUGAAACAAUGUUUUAUUAGUGAUUGCUUUGAUUUAAAAGAAAAAAAAAAUCCAUCUAUUAUAACAUGAUGGCAGAUUUUUACGAGGUUUCUUGAAUGCAUGUCAGUUACUGCUCCUCUUUGUUGUACAUCCUUGGAACUCUCACAUCACAGCAGAGUUUAGAGUUAUUUCAACAGGGUUUUGCUUGAAAAUGCCCGUCCCUAAUAUGUCUUAGCUUGGCAUAAGGGGUGUGUCUUUAAGACUUUUGAGUUUUGUUUGCAGUGUAGUUGAGCAGCCAAUGGUAGCACCCGCUCUCUCUCUCUCUCUCUCUCUCUCUCUCCGUGGCGACAUGUGAGGCUGUAAACAGAGAGCAGAGAAAGUGCACGAGUGUUGUUUUUUCAUGAAAUAUUGAUGAAUAAUGCCAAAAAGAGCCAUACCUACUAAACCUUAAUGAACAUUACAUUGCAUUUUAUUUUUUAAAAAACUGUACAGAAAGCUGUUAAAACAAACCAUUAAGAAAGAAAAAAUGAUAAUUAUGGAGCUUAUAGACUACUCAACCGCUGCCAUGUUACUAUCAGUCCUGUCAAAAUGUGUAUUUUAUUGUUUUUUGUAUGGUCACAUACACACACAGACACAAAAUUUUAUUCAAAAACUACAACUGUUGUGUCAUAAAUCAUUACAAUUACUCAUGAAUUUGAUGUGUGUAAAUGCAGCCACAGUGAUUGUGUGUUGCCGUCUUCUUGUCCUGUCAGUCAUGUACUUUUUCUUUUCUACUUUUGAUUAUAAAUACACAGUUAUUGUAUAUUUGAUCGUUCCAGGUGUUAUUAUUUUUAGAGAAUAAAUUAUAAUUCUAUUUUCUGGAGAGUUGAUGUAACUGAGAUGCUGUCGGAGGAAUUUUCCAUUCCUGAAAUGGUUGUUGUUGUCGAUCGUCUUUGUGCUGUAAAUGAAUGACUGAAAGGUAAUAAAAUUGCUUUUAAAAACAAA